UAAUCCCAAAAAAGGCCAAAAAUACGAUAAUUUGACCAUUCAGUGAAUGUGUGGUUGUAAUAUGUUGUAAUCAGCCUGUCGCAACUGUUUUUUUGUGAACCCUGAAGGCAUCUCUUUCCAUGUGACAAAUUUCAAGCCAAUCGUGCUUUUCUAAAUGUGAGCUUACCUCAGAACAACGGCAAUGAUUGGCUGAAUAGUCCGCUGCGCCCGCCCCAGGAAAAAGAAAAAAAAGAAAAGAAGAAGAAGCAGAGUACAAUAUCUUUAUUUGAGUUUUAAGCACCAUAGCAAAGAGAAAUACGGUCUUUGACAUUCCUGCAACAUGUCAACAUAUGUCCGCUGCCUUACUAUGUUCAGAACAGAACAUAAAAUAAAAUCACAUAGAACUGCACUUUAUUUUAAGUUAGAACCUGGUGUAGGCACUUUUAAGUUUUCAUAAGUGCAGUUUUUGUUUAUUUUAUGAAUUGUUGUCAUUUUGAGGACAGAGACAAUGUUGUUUCUCUGAUAAUAAAAUUUCAAUCUGUGAAACCAGAUCUUUAUUUUCUUGUCAGUUAUCAUGAAUACUAUUUCCCUUUUAAACCUGGUGCUAUGUCUAUUUCCUAACAGUGGGUGGCCUCCAGGCCUCAUGAUUUGGCUCAUUAGUUCCCACCCGUCAUUGUUUAUGGGGGACACGUUAGCCUAACGCAACUGUGGGGCUGCUGAUGAAUCCAUUCCGUACCAACGCAAAGCCGUGAGUGCCCGUUAGAUGCUAUUCAACACUCGAGUGACUAUAUAGCGCAUCAAUAGCCACCUUAUUUUGAUUAUGACGGGUGUACGAUAAUUUCCCUAAAAAUACGAUAAUUUUAUGUCUCUGGUACGAUAAUCCUACAUUUCCCACCUGGCAACACUGUAGGGGAAACACAUCUCGACGUGAAACCCAUGGGGAAACCGAUCUCGACACAACACCGGCACAUCAUGCGGACCGGAAGCGCGCGAACUCAGCGUUGAGCAGCCUAGCCGUUAGUUGAUCUCAGUUUGUUUAACUCGUUAGUGUAAUUCCUUAGUUAACCACUCCUUUAGUUUAACUCAGUUGGUUUAACUCAUUUGUUUUAACUGUGUUAGUUUAACGUUUUUAGAUGGAAGAACAACAACGUUCCGUCGUUCUGCUCGAUAGAACCAUUUUCCAGUUAGCUUUACAAACAAGAGAGCUUUCUCGGAGGAGAGAUGAGCUCACUCUGCAGAUAAAAGCCUGCGGAGCGGACAUCACAGAGAGGAAGUCAUUCACUGAAACAAUGCAUAAACAUAUCAAGGACCUGGAGGAGGAGAUCACCGUGAUGCAGAACACAGUGAAGCAGAUCAAGGACAACGCCAAAAGCAUGAAGGCGAAUAACCGCCUUCUACAACACUAUGAGAUGACCCUGAAGGAAGAACUGGAGAAGAAACAGGAGAACUACAUUCAAGAUAAGAAGGAGUACGAGGAGAGGAUUGCGAGUUACCGGAACGUGUUCCAACAGCACAAAGAGUUUUACUGCAGGAAUCCUCUGGCCAAACAGCUCCUCGCUAUUCAGUCUGAGAAAGAGGACAUUGAGGGGCGGAUUAAGGCUUUGGAGGAUCAGAUAGCCCUGAAACAGGAGGAUGUACUGGGAGCGGCAGUCAACUCCUCCCUCAGCGAGAGCCAAGCAGAAAGCGUCUCUGCCCAGCUGACUGAAGCAGAGCCAGUAGCACAACGCGACCAACAGCCAGAGGUGGAGGCUAGUUUCUCCAUCGCCUCUCUCCAUCUCACCCCCACAGAGGAACCCCUCAGAGAAGUUGAUAACAUAAGUUUGACCGGCGAGGAAAUCUGUGGCGACGCCAUGAACAAGAGAUCGGCCCCAGAAACUCUCUGUUACCCCCCGGGGUCAAACCGGGAGGCCAUGGCUCAGAAGCCUCCAUCAGAUCAGAGGUCCGGUUGUGCAGAGCCAGACCAACAAUGGGGACCAAAGACACAGGAUGAGCCGGCUGGCCUACCAGCAAGAGAGGAGGAGAUGAUGGAGGAGGAGGAGGAGGAAGAGCAGCCACUUCCACUCGCAGAUGAAGAAGGCGAUGCCGUGGAUGAUGAUGAUGAUGAUGAUCAGAGAGACAAUGCCCCACCUCAUUCCUUCUUAUCUCCCAUGAUCCAGCCUCAAUCUGCACCGGGCCGCAUGAAGCUGGUCCCAUCCACCCCCACCUUCUCCAUCAACAGCCCCAGCGUCUCCUCCCACCGCAAGUCCCCCACCUUCCUGUUCUCCACUACCUCCGAUCCCAGCACCCCCAGUUUCUCUGGGUUUGGAUUUGACAUGGGUACUGCUCAGGAAGAGGACUCCCCGUUCGCCUUCACCAGCUCAUAUUUCAGUGGAAAGAAGGGCGACUCUGAAUCCCCCAGUGCAGGCCCAGAGUUUCUGUUCAAUGAAGCCCAGAGACCAGAGGGCGAGUUCCACUUUUCCUUCUCCUCUAAAAGACCUGUGGGGAGCGGAGCCAGCCAAGACGAGCCGGCCAAGGAGGAGGUGUUCCCCUUCUCCUUCACUUACAGCUGAACAGGAUCUUUAAAUACCUGAGACUACAGUUCUUAGAUGUCGGUCAUUUGCAUUGGGUUUAAUAGGUUUAGUUUGCCCUGAAGAAAAAUUGAAUUUAUGGGUCAGACAAUUGUUUAACUCUUAAUGUUUAUUUAUGUUUGUAAGUUCUAUAUUCUUAUAAUUUAGUGUUGUGUUCAAGUCUUAAGAUAAACAAUUAAACAUAUAUGCAAAUGUUUUGUUGAAUUUUUUUUUAUGUAAUCCAUUUCACAAAUAGAUUUUGCAGACAUACAUUCAUGUCGAUUUAGAUAUUGAUAAAGUAAUGGCGUGCAU